UCGGGCGGCGAGCGGCGCGCUGGCGGGCGCGUGGCCUGGCGCGCGAUGAGCGGGGCCGGCGGGGCGCGGGAGGCGGCGGGCGCGGCGCGGGGGCUGCGCGUGGACGGGCUGCCCCCGCUGCCCAAGAGCCUGAGCGGGCUGCUGCACUCGGCGGCGGGCGGCGCGGCGGGCGGCUGGCGGCACCUGGAGCGGCUGUACGCGCAGAAGUCGCGCAUCCAGGACGAGCUGAGCCGCGGCGGCGCGGGCGGCGGCGGGGCCCGGAGCGCGGCGCUGCCCCCGAAGCCGCCCAACCUGGACGCCGCGCUCGCCCUGCUGCGCAAGGAGAUGGUCGGCCUCCGGCAGCUGGACAUGUCGUUGCUCUGCCAGCUGUACAGCCUCUACGAGUCCAUUCAGGAGUACAAGGGCGCGUGCCAGGCGGCCUCCAGCCCCGACGGCGCCUACGCCCUGGAGAACGGCUUCUUCGAGGAGGAGGAGGAGUUCCUCCAGGAGCCCAGCUUGCUCCUGGACGGGAGGCAGCGGGGGCCGCCCAGGGACCCGAGGGACCCGGCCCUGCCCGCAGGCCCCCUCUCCGGCGGCGACUGGAUUCUGGAGUCCAUCUAGAGGGUCUCCGGAGGGUCCCGCCCACUCCCGGGCCCAGGGCCAGCGUUUUGCUUCUCUGGCAAGGAGGCACGUCUGCGUCUGCGUUGGGCGGUCCGGUCCCCAGGCACCUGGGACCAGCGGCCAGUUCCGGCGGCAGGGACACCAGGUGGCCGUCUGUGCUGCUGGCGGAGUUCCUGCUUAGGUGAUGAGGAGGUGCCCGGCGGCGUCCCGGACACCCGGGUACGGGCCACUCCCGCCAGGACUCGGAGUGAGACUGUGACGGAGGGCCCCAGCGGAGAUGCUCACCGUGUUUCCUGCGGGAGGACUCCGGGCUGGGGAGGCCCGGACAGCUGGCGGGUGGUCCGCACCCUCCGUCGCGGGGGUUCGCCGGGCGAGCGAUGUAUCGGAACUGACACCUCACGGCGCCCUUCCUUCCUUCCCCGGCCUCUUUGGCAGCCUCUGCCGCUGUUUCCGGAGCUUUCUUUCUCUGUCGGCUGCGUUACCGACCCACCGUCCGGGGACUCGGUGACAGCUCGUUACCGACAAAGCAAGCGCUGCAGGUCACACCGGCCGCUGCGUUCUCCUGUGGAAAUAUGUCUUGUUCUUUGCCCGUCGGCUGGAGGAGGGAGGAGGAGAACGGGAGGGCCUGCCGAGGGGGAAAGUGGGCUCCUGUCUCGUGUCAUGCGCUGUUGGGGGGCAGACGUUUCUGUUGGGAAAGAUUCUGGAUGUUAAAUGGGAUGUGAGAAAGUACCCCCCUCUUCACUCAGAACAGAGAUCACCUCGAGCCUUAAUCUAUUUAUUCAGAGCCUUUACGAACACGUUACACUUUGUAGGUUAAAGUGAGGAUAAAACACGUUGACCUCUG